CUGUUUCUCAGCAGCUAUUAAGGUUUUAGUAAUUUUUAAUGAGUGUGUUUUCAUAAAGGAAAGUAUAUCUGUAGAAAUGCUCCCUCUGAGAAAUUAAUUACCAACAGUUUUCAGGAAAGCAGCCAUUCACAUAGUGCCUGCUAUAGGCCACAAGGGGGCAGCACCCUUCUAGAGGAUGUAGGUCUCAUUAGGAUCUAAAAGAGUGAAUCAUUCAGUCACCAUUUCCAGCAACAGCAUCCCAUCCCUGCCACACACAUGCGUCACCCACCGAAGCUCCCAAAUAAUAAACAUCUCCGCUCUUUUUUUUUUUCUCCCCCACAUCAGAAAUGGCAAAAUGUGGGCAGAUGUCUGCUUUCUCAACACCUCCUGUCAUGUUUGCCCCCCCCCUCCCCCCGGGCUUUGUCACUGAGGAUUCAUGCCUCUGCUCUGUUUGCUUGUGUUGGAAUGGCCCUGCCUGAAUGGACGAGGUCCCUGCCACAAAAGGAAAUAGGGAACACUUAUGAAGAGGCUAUACAGUAGAGAGGGAUCAGAAAAGAGGCAUGGGGCGGAGCCUCGAUCCUGAUGACGGCCAGAGAGGCAGGACAGGGGAGGUGGGUGUUUUUUGUCUGCUGUCUCAGUCUUCACACUCUGCUGCGGGGUCUGCUCGCUCUCUCUGCCGGUGUCGUCAGUCAUGGGGCAGGCGGUAUUACCACCGGACCUGCGCAGGAGCGGACAGGAUCUGGAGUGACACAGUGCCAGAUGACCUGAGCCCUGAGGAGCAGCAGGAACUGGAGAACAUCCGGAGGCGCAAGCUGGAGCUCCUGGAGGACAUUCGGCGCCUCAAAGAUGAGAUAGCCGAGGUGACCAAUGAGAUUGAGAACCUGGGCUCCACUGAAGAGAGGAAAAACAUGCAGAGAAAUAAACAGGUGGCCAUGGGGCGCAAGAAAUUCAACAUGGAUCCCAAGAAGGGGAUUCAGUUCCUGAUUGAGAACGACCUGUUGAAGAACACCUGUGAGGACAUCGCUCAGUUCCUAUGCAAGGGGGAAGGGCUAAACAAGACUGCCAUCGGAGACUACCUGGGGGAGAGAGAUGACUUCAACAUCCAGGUUCUCCAUGCCUUCGUUGAGCUGCAUGAGUUUAAUGAUCUGAACCUGGUCCAGGCCCUCAGGCAGUUCUUAUGGAGCUUCCGACUUCCAGGAGAGGCUCAAAAAAUCGACCGGAUGAUGGAAGCCUUUGCUCAGCGGUACUGCCAGUGCAACCCUGGUGUCUUCCAGUCUACAGACACCUGCUACAUCCUGUCAUUCGCCAUCAUCAUGCUGAACACCAGCCUGCACAACCCCAACGUGAAGGACAAGCCCACAGUGGAGCGAUUCAUCAGUAUGAACCGGGGGAUCAAUGCCGGGGGCGACCUGCCGGAGGAGCUGCUCAGGAACCUUUAUGACAGCAUCAAGAAUGAGCCCUUCAAGAUCCCAGAGGAUGACGGCAAUGACCUCACACACACUUUUUUCAACCCUGAUCGGGAAGGCUGGCUGCUCAAGCUGGGAGGACGUGUAAAAACCUGGAAAAGGAGGUGGUUCAUCCUCACAGACAACUGCCUCUAUUACUUUGAGUACACCACAGACAAAGAGCCGAGAGGGAUAAUCCCUCUGGAGAACCUGAGCAUUCGGGAGGUGGAGGACAAGAAGCCUAACUGCUUCGAGCUCUUCAUCUCUGACAGCAAGGAUCAGGUGAUUAAGGCCUGCAAGACAGAGGCCGAUGGCCGGGUGGUGGAGGGCAACCACACUUUCUACCGCAUCUCGGCCCCCACGACUGAGGAGAAAGACGAAUGGAUCAACAGCAUCAGGGCUGCCAUCAGUAGGGACCCCUUCUAUGAGAUGCUGGCUGCCCGGAAGAAGAAGGUCUCGUCCAUGAAGAGGCACUAGGCUGGCCUAGUAGCUGCCUUCCCCCUCCCACUCUCUGUCCCUUUCCCUUCCUCCUUUGCACUUCUGAAAUUCAGCCGUGUCCGUCUCAACCAGCAGGGGGCAGUAAGAUGGCUGUAAGGCUGUUUUUUUUCCCUACACUUCUCCGGACCCCAUACUGCCUUUGGUUCACAUCGUGUCCCUCCACUAAUGGUCAAACCCCAAAUACGCUAUUGCUGUCAGUCAGACCGAGAGACAUAGAGCGCACAUUGUACCAGAAUCCUGCAUAUAAUCUAUUGUGCUUUACUGGGUAUAGACAAUACAGACAGCAUUUCUAUUUUUACAGCGAGCACUGUAAUGUUUUUUUUUUUUUUAUAUAUAUAUAUAUAUUUUGAAUGGUUAAUUUUGAGAGACAUUUGAGUUCUGAAGACACAAAGGUCGUUAUCACCCUUCUGGAAUAUUCUCGUUUACAAGAGAAUAAUGUCGAUGAGUUAAGAUGCAGUUUAUUUUGCCAAAGCUGCCUCAGAGGUUGGUUUGCCUGACUGGGACAUGAAGAUGGUGCUCAGACAGAGCUCAGCUGCGACCUGGGAGUUUAGGGGACUGAGACGCCUCCCUCGCUGUCAGAAAGCUGGAAUGGGUGUUUUGAGUAUAGUCCAGCGGUCAGACGGCACGGAAAUGGGAGCGGAUAGCAGAUUGGAGCAUUCCAGAGGAUCUCCGGAAACUCCUGAAUCUGCGACCUGUCAGGAGCGUGGAAAGGUCUUGGCCUAAGCCCUGACUUGGGGCUGCUGGAGGCUUGGUUGGAAUUCCUGCAGAAGGACCUGACUUCUGUCCUGAGUUCAUCUCCUGCCAAAGGCACAGGAUGCCGAGUGUCGAACCGCUGCCUCCAUGGCUGUCAAAAUCAUGUCCACAGCCGCCCUCACGAUGGACUGGUUAGACUGGGCUUCAAAGUUCCUAAUAGUUUAAUAAUGUUCUGCUUACAUUUCAUUUAUACAUCAUAAUGGGGGCGGGCGGGGGGGGGAGACUACAGAGCCAGCUAUUUAAACAAAUCUGCCCAUGUUUGUUAUGAAGCUUUGUUUUUGGUGGGUUCCUCUUAAAUCUCUCAUCAGUGCACUGAUGAUGUAAUCCCCCAAGUCACAUGGCUGAGAGUAUUUGUAUAUUUAUCAAGGUUGUAUAUACUUAAAUGUAGAGGAUUUGGUCUUUAUUUUAUAUCGUCAAGUAUUCAGUUUGUUCAGCAAUAUCUUUAAAUACUGCCUUUUUUCCAUUCCGGUUUCUGAUUUCUGUCAUGUAAUCUAGGAUUGGUUUAAAUAAAUAAAAGUUAAUGAAUUUCA